AUGCCCGUCUCUCCCGCAACAGGGAUGCCAGUACCCAGUCGAUCCACCUCGCCCCGACCUCCCAACAACAUGUCAAUCGAAAACAACCAGGUCGACACCAGGCUCUACGAGGAAUCCAACUCCCUCACCGUCAUCUCGCUGCGCUCCGAAUCCGACGUCAUGACCCCCACCGCCGCCACCCCGUCACAUUCAUAUCCGCCCGUGAAGCUUCCCUACCCGUUCUUGACCACCUACCGCGUUCAAGCCAUCGCCGAGACGACACCAGCCGUGCUCACCCUCGUCCUCGACGACCAGCAGCCCGCGGCGGCCCAGCCUCUCGACCAACCGCUGCACCUCGACUCGCUCUCCUGGCUCGACCUGACGACCAAGCCCAAGAGCGAACGCCCGCCGCCCACCAACAACAGCGCCUGGGCCCGCGCGCGCCGGAACCCGCAGACGACCUUCCAGUGGGCGGGCGACAGCGCGCCGUCGCUGGGCCAGAUCUGGAACGUGGUGCACGCCAUCUACCUCGCCCACCCGACCUGCGACGCCUUCCGGCUCACGCUGGUCGGCGCCGAGAGAGACGUGGUGCGCCGCGAGCUGCUCGCCACCGGCCUGGCCGUCGAGCAUCCGAAGCCGUGGCGGCCGGCCGACGACCGCAACGCGCGUCCGCACGAGCUGCUGGUGCUGCGGAGCUCCUUCUGGCAGGGCGCCGCCUCGCCCACGGGGCCGCGCCCCAUCUGGGUCGUGGGCGAAGGCACCGACGGGCCGCUGCGAGCCCCGCUGGCGUCGUACCCGCUGAUGCCCGAGAACCACGAGAUAUCCAUGAAGUUUCCCGACGAGCCCGUGUACGCGCGGCAUCCGGUGCGCCGCCCGAAGCCGCACCCGGGCUCCAUCGUCUACAGUCGCUACAUCCCCGAGGUCGACGAGCACUUUUCGCUGGAGGUGGUCGAUUAUCAGAACCCCGAUCACUUGGGCCUGUUCAACACGUGGCAGAACGACCCGCGCGUUGCGAAGGGCUGGAACGAGACGGGCACCCUGGACGAGCACCGCGACUAUCUGCGCCGCCUGCACGAAGACCCGCACGUCCUCUGCUUGUUUGGCCGCUUCGACGAGAGCCGCUUCUCCUACUACGAGCUGUACUGGGCAAAAGAAGAUCACUACGGCUUCCACUACGACGCCCAAGACUACGAUCGCGGCCGCCACUCCCUCGUCGGCGACGCAUCCUUCCGCGGCGCCCGCCGGGUCAACGCGUGGUACUCGAGCUGCAUCCAUUACUGCUUCCUCGACGACCCGCGCACCGCCAACGUCGUCGGCGAGCCGCGAGCCACCGGCUCGACCAUUCUCUCGUACGAAAACUCCCAAGGGCUCGUCAUCGGCAAGUACGUCGACCUGGGGCACAAGCGGUCUGUCCACUCCAUUUGCAGCAGAGAGAAGUGGUUUCAGUUGUGUCCGGUGUUUUGGGACGGCCAGGAACGCCCGCUGGCGUCGGCGGACCGCGCGGCCUGGAAUGCGAAGCUUUAG